GAUUCUGAGGUUAAGUUACUGAACUAAUUAGAAAAUUUUCGAUUUCAUUAAAUUAUUAUUCUUUUAGUAUAAUACAUUAGUGAAUUACUGUGUCCUGUGUCCUAAAUUGCACAGUAUUGUUAUUUACCUAUUAGUUGGGAAACGACUAAAACCACCCGAAUUAAUCGCAAUACCGUACUUGAUAAAAUAUUAUUAAAUACAUUUUAAAUAUUUGAACUUAAUUUGUGUUACUAUUUUUUAUUUUCUGUGCCAUAGAAAAGUGUGUAGGUGCCUAUGUAAUACGUAUAAACAUGUUGCUACGCCCUAGUAGAGACCAUCGACUGUACUUAUUUAAUUAAAAACAUCUGUAAUGUCAGUUUGCAACAAAUAAAUGAUUAUGAGCUAAUUUCGACGUCACUAUAAAAAAAUGUCGUUUGAGACUGUAGUCGUGAAGCCAGAACCUCAUUAUGAGACGCUGGACGCGGAGGAUUCGCAUGACGGGUUUACAGAUGACGUGUGUGUGAAGGUGGAACCGUCAGCCGAGCUGCCUGACUGUGACAGCUCUAAUGAGGAAGCAGAGGCAGGAGGCCUGUACUCUGACCAUGAGAUUAAAGACGAGCUAGUGUUGGGACCGGAAGUGGUUCAGGAACCACGCCGCACUACAUCCUCUCACACAGCGAUUAUUAAAAAGGAAGAUCUGCUCGUGCCUCGCACCACGGCUUACACUAAAAAAGAAAUCGACUCACAACAGGAAAAAAGAAGCAUCCUUCAAGAAUCCGCAGAAACUCACAUAUAUGUGUGCGACAGUUGUGGCAAAACGUUUAAAAGGAAAAACAAAUUAAUACAACACAUCUAUAUACAUUUGCGGAGAAUUUCAAAACAAUUACCAAAACAGCUCAGAAAAAGGAAAAAAAUAUCUGCCUGUGAAACCUGCGGAAAGGAAUUCGCGAACAGGGAUUAUUUGAAACGUCAUAGAAAAAUACACACACGAGAAAAGGUGUACACGUGUGAAGUUUGCAACAAAGAGUUCUUUAGUGCGGGCAAUUUGAAUAAACAUAAAAUUACACACACAAAGACGAAGGCGUACGCAUGCGAUAUAUGCAAAAAGUCGUUCAGUUACAUAGACUCUUUAAAAACACAUAAACGUCUUCACGACGGGGUUAAACCUUAUAGUUGUGUUACAUGUGGAACGCGGUUCACGCAAUUAUGUCAUUUGAAUGUUCAUAAAAGGACCCAUACGGGUGAAAAACCCUUCUCCUGCGAGAUAUGUAAGAAGCAGUUUACUACAAAACCUAGUUUAAAGGAACAUGUGCGUGUCCACACUAAUGAGAAACCAUACACGUGUGAUAUUUGUAAGAAAAUGUUCAGUUACAAGACUAGUUUCAAACAUCAUAAAAUAACACAUAUGGAAGUAAAACCUUACUGCUGCGAAAUGUGUCAAGCGCAGUUUUCACAGUUGUUUAACUUGAAGAGACAUUUACUGAAACACCAUUCGCCUGGACCACAGAAUAAAUAAUAGUACUGCCGUACAGAAAGGAAACUUCCUACCGAAGUUUGACAGCGGUUCAGGGUCGAAUCAUGCUGUCCCUUUCUAAUAUAUGUCACUAUCCCUUUCGGCUAUUUCGGGUUGUCAAAAUUCAAGCCAUUAUCUUAUCUGUGGUCGUGCACGCAAAGGGACGUCAAGUUGUGCCAACCCUAAUAAUUGCUCGGAGCAAUGCUGAGCCGAGUUUGGCCGAAGUCAGGAGUUUCCUGUGGUGUGCGGCGAUGCUAGACUGCCCUUAUAUUAAUCACUGUGUGUGUGUGUGUGUGUGUGUGUGUGUGUGUGUGUGUGUGUGUGUGUG